CAAAUGCCUACGCUGUGCCAGGCAUUUUGAGGAAUUCUUGGCUGCAGCCUGACGUGGCUCUUUGGUAGAGCGGAAAUGUAGUUCCCUCUGUCCGGGAAGGGGAUGGCUCCUCUGGCCCUUGGGUUCCCUUCUUUCUUAAACUAUGCUGACAAAGAGGAAAAGAUAAAAACAAAUCUCCCAUGAGGCUUCAGAGUUAGAAAAUCUGGAAGUUGUGGGGUAUGACGACCCGAAGCCUGUCGGGAGUUGUAGUUCUUCCAGGCCGCGUCACUCCCGCUUCGCCCACUACGCCCCGGCCUGGGAAGGCGAGGCUGAUCCUCGCGCGCCAAGUUUUCCUUUGUGGACGUGGCGAGGGGCGUCCGCUGCCCGCCCCUUUGUCUGCGGCCCCGCCCCGUGGGGAGUCCUCCUCAGGGCAUUGGUCGGGGGGCGGGGCCUCGCUCUGCGGGAGGCCGGCCUGGCUGGAGAGCAGCCAAAUUGGGCAUCUUUUUGGAGAACGCAGAGCGGAGCGUGGAGAAGGCUGCGAGGCCGGAGAACCCGCCUCCGCCACUUCCCAGGGACUGAUGACGUGGCAACCAUCACUUCUGCUGCUGCUCUUGCUGCUCAGGCAGGGGGUCCAGGGGAAGCCCUCCCCUGAGGCCGGCCCUCAUGGCUCAGGGAGGGUGCAUCAGCAGGCUCCCCUGAGCGAGGCCCCUCAUGAUGACGCCCACGGGAACUUCCAGUACGACCAUGAGGCUUUCCUGGGACGAGAGGUGGCCAAGGAAUUCGACCAACUCAGCCCAGAAGAAAGCCAAGCCCGUCUCGGGCGCAUAGUGGACCGCAUGGACCGCGCCGGGGACGGGGACGGCUGGGUGUCACUGGCCGAGCUCCGCUCGUGGAUCGCACACACACAGCAACGGCACAUACAGGACUCGGUGAGCGCGGCCUGGCACACGUACGACACGGACCGCGACGGGCGUGUGGGUUGGGAGGAGCUGCGCAACGCCACCUAUGGCUACUACGCGCCUGGUGAAGAAUUUCACGACGUGGAAGAUGCGGAGACCUACAAGAAGAUGCUGGCUCGGGACGAGCGGCGUUUCCGGGCAGCUGACCAGGAUGGGGACUUGCGGGCCACUCGGGAGGAGCUGACAGCCUUCUUACACCCAGAGGAGUUCCCUCACAUGCGAGACGUCGUGGUGGCCGAAACCCUGGAGGACCUGGACAAGAACAAGGAUGGCUACAUCCAAGUGGAAGAGUACAUCGCGGACCUGUACUCGGCGGAGCCUGGGGAGGAGGAGCCCGCCUGGGUGCAGACGGAGCGGGACCAGUUCCGGGACUUCCGGGACCUGAACAAAGAUGGGCACCUGGACGGCCGGGAGGUGGGCCACUGGGUGCUGCCCCCGGCCCAGGACCAGCCACUGGUGGAGGCCAACCACCUGCUGCACGAGAGCGACACGGACAAGGACGGGCGUCUGAGUAAGGCUGAGAUCCUGGGCAACUGGAACAUGUUCGUGGGCAGCCAGGCUACCAACUACGGUGAGGACCUGACCCGUCACCACGACGAGCUCUGAGCCUCCACGCGCCCACAACCACGAGGCGACCUGAAGAGGGGCCCCAGUGCUCAGGUCCCUCUCUGUGUCCAGCCCUGCAGGACGUGGACACAGCCUGGGCUGUCCCUCUACCCCUGGGCUCUCUUGGACCCACCUGGUCAAGUUCUCUCUGUGAGACCCCUCAGUCCCCUCUCGGCCCUCCCCCCAGCCCCACCCAGGGCCUCUCACAGGCCUGAAGAGUGAGGGAGCACCCAUCCCUCACUGGCAGAACAGCCCAGCCCAGCCCAGCCCAGCCCAUGGCUCCCCACAUCAAGCUCAGCCUCCAAGAGCCUCCCCAACCCACAGCUCGAAAUCUGAGCUUCUCACCACUGUCAGGAAAUGCUCCCCGCCCACACUCGCCCGCAGGCACUGUCCCCAGGAUGCCUCCUCUCUGCCAGGGAAGCAAUAAAACCCGGUGCUGGGCCUC